AUUGGGAUGUAAGAAGAAGACUCGUUUUCAAAGUAGGGUGUCUCACCAACCCCCAAGGUUGUUCGAGUGGCACGUGUCGUAAUUUCAUGUAAAGAGAAGGGUGAUAUCAGAAGAAAGGUAUUAAGAAAAGAGAAAGUUGGGAGUGGAGAUAAACACAGCUUUGGGGCAUUGGAAGCAUCGAAUCUUUACAUGCACUUCAGAGAAAACUAAAAUCUUGUUCCUCAAAAAAAGACGACGAACAUGGCGAAAAGCGGUGUAGAUAUGGAAGACAUUAAGACAGUCGAUCUCAUGUCUGAGCUCCUCCGUCGCAUGAAGUGUGCCUCUAAACCUGACAAACGUCUCGUUUUCAUCGGUCCACCUGGCUCAGGAAAAGGUACGCAGUCUCCGGUCAUAAAGGAUGAGUUCUGCUUGUGUCAUUUGUCCACUGGUGACAUGCUUAGAGCUGCUGUUGCUGCUAAGUCCCCUCUUGGUGUCAAGGCAAAGGAAGCUAUGGACAAGGGAGAGCUUGUUUCUGAUGACUUGGUUGUUGGUAUCAUGGAUGAAGCAAUGAACAGACCCAAAUGUCAGAAAGGUUUCAUUCUUGAUGGCUUCCCUAGGACCGUAACACAAGCUGAGAAGCUUGAUGAGAUGCUUAAUAGAAGAGGAGCUCAGAUUGACAAAGUGCUUAAUUUUGCAAUCGAUGAUUCGGUUCUUGAAGAAAGAAUUACUGGAAGGUGGAUUCACCCUUCAAGUGGAAGGAGCUAUCAUACCAAAUUCGCACCUCCUAAAGUUCCUGGAGUCGAUGAUGUGACUGGAGAGCCAUUGAUUCAACGUAAAGAUGACAAUGCGGAUGUUCUUAGGUCAAGGCUGGAUGCAUUCCACAAGCAGACGCAACCGGUAAUUGACUACUACGCGAAGAAGGGGAAUCUGGUGAACAUACCAGCAGAGAAGGCUCCUGAAGAGGUUACCAAAGUGGUGAAGAAGGUUGUGUCUACAUGAAAACUGUAAUAAAUUUGGCAUGAAAAUUGAGUUCUAAAAUCUCUCUUUAUACCUUCUUUUGUUUUCUUUUUGAAUAAAUCUCCUGAGGCUUUUGUUAUCCUGGAAUGUCUGUGCUUGAGAGCAAACAUUUUGCUGCAGCUUUUGUUGCAGUGUUUUCACUAAGGCCAAUGUUUGUUACU